UGUUGGUGUGAGUGAUGGUAGAUCAAGGCCAUGUGGUAUAUUAUGAAUACGAAUACAUUAAUAUUAUUUAGAAAGAAAAAUUAUAUUGUAUGGAUUUGGAACAAUAUUUCAAUUGAAGAAAUAAAAUUUACUUUUCGUAACUUACUAUCAAUAAUAUCGAAGAGUGUUUAAAAAUUACGAUGGAGUCGUCAGCGUUACAGGGCGCAGAUAAUGUUUGCGUGAAGACUGAGCCCCGUGAAGAUGUGCAUAUAAAACAUGAGCCAACUGUGAAAGCUGAGCCUUUGCUAGAUUAUGAGUGUGUAAAAGAUAAGCCCAGGUACGAAAAUGUGUCUAUAAAAGCGGAGCCAUGGUGCUCAGAUGUGUGUGUAAAAGAAGAGUCACUCGGCGUAAGCGCGGCGCAUGUUGUGUGUGUAAAAGAGGAGUCGCUCGAUGUGAGCGCGGCGCAUAAUGUGUGUGUAAAAGACGAGCCCAGGUACGAGAGUGUGUCUAUAAAAGCGGAGCCAUGGUGGUCAGAUAUGUGUGUAAAAGUCGAGUCGCUCGGCAUGACCGCGGCUGAGGCGUCGUACACCGAUCACGCCGUGAAAGAUGAGCUCGUGCUCGACCCCGUGCUAGUGGAGCGGCGCGUGCGUCUCGCACCAACAGCUUUAAACCUACCAAUAGGAGUGAAGCAGUCGUGUGAGUUUGUCCCCUGGAGACCCUAUCUGAGGGACUGCUGUGUGAAGCUGGAGCGCCUUGAUGUGGACACGCUGCUCACUGUCACUCGGAGCGUAGACUGCAAGAGCCCGACACAUGUUUAUGCUGGAAGACACAAAAACAACACAGUUGGGAAUCUUAAAGCAAACGAUAGAGCUUUAAGGGACUGUAGAACUGAGUAUACGGGUUUAAUUUCAACUUGAUACCUCCACGCGUUCCCGAGAUAAAGGGUCUAGACAGACAAACGGAUGGACGGACAACCAAGUGUUCCUACAAGGGUUCCGGUUUUUUCCUUUUGAGGGCAAAUUCCACAGAAGAAACCGAGCGAAAAUUACCAAUGUGCCCACUGUAAAUAUGCAACAGCUGUGAAGUCACGGUUAAUAAGGCAUUUUAGGAAACACACCAAUGAGAAGACAUACAGAUGUGGACAUUGUAGCUAUGCUGACAGCGACAAAGGUCGUUUUGAAGUUCAUGCAAGGAACCACCCAGGUCAAAAGCCAUACAAGUGCGAGUAUUGUAGCUAUGCUAGCAGCAACGCAGCUUAUUUGCGGGACCAUGUAAAGCAACACACUGCUGAAAAGCCGUACAAGUGCGAUCAGUGUAGUUUUGCUUGCUGGAAAAAAUGUAAGUUGAAGGUUCACGCAAGGAAACACACUGGUGAAAAGCCAUACAAGUGUGAGCAUUGCAGUUAUACUUGUGCCCAAAAAUAUUAUUUGCAAAUUCAUUUGAAGAAACACACUGGAGAAAAGCCUCACAAAUGCGGACAUUGCAGUUAUGCUACGUAUUAUAAAAAUUGUCUGCUACUCCAUUUACAUAAACACAUUGAUCUAACGGAUUUCUGUGGACGCAUUGAUGAAAUGCCUUAAAAAGUGUAUAGUUCCGCUAGUGUCCAAAAAUGUCACAUGCAAUACCAUGUAUGGAAGGAAACACACUGGAGAAAAUUCAAAAAUGGAACGAAAUGCACAUGGUCAAAAAGAACUGCUGUUUUUUUAGCUGCUAAUUUAGUUAUUUCAGUUACAGUAUUAGUUUAAUUUAAGUUAGUGUAAUAUAAUGUUGCUAUGGACUGAUUUUCGGAAUAAAUAAACUUAUUAUUAUUCCUUUAUUAAUUUCUCCCCUUGGGUUAGUUUUUUACAAUCAAUAUCACUACACCUUAUAAAACAAAGUCCCCCGCCGCGUCUGUCUGUCUGUAUGUUCGCGAUAAACUCGAAAACUUCUUCCUUCCCUUAUCCCACCUACGUGGGUCGGGUCUCCUUGUCGUUUUACGCCAGAGUAUGGUAUCGUCUUGGGUCGUCCCAUUCGUUUUUCUUCAAGGUCUUAAAUUAGUCCUAUUCUGCUUUCGUCACUCAUUCAACAUUCAUCACAAUCGUCGGUGGCUUUCAAUGUAGAAUGCGUGACGAAAGCAGAAUAGGACUAAUUUAAGAACUUGACGAAAAACGAAUGGGACGACCCAAGACGAUACCCAGAGUAUAACCCCCUUAUUCAUAAGCGUCUACUAAAGUUGACAAGCUGAUAAUAAUCGUUUGUCCUUCCCAUCAUACCAAUACGUCGGAAAGGGACAAACGAUUAUGAUCGGCUUGUCAACUUUAGUAGACGUUUAUGAAUAAUAAGGGGGUGGGGCAAGUCGGUUCUGAGGGCUUACCGCGAACCACGUACGACCACGUCUCUUUCGCACUAGUAAAUUUGUACGUAAGUGUGACAGGGAGGCAACACGUCGAACUGGGUUGUCUCUUCUGCUAUGUUCAGGUUGUUUAGGUCGGUGUUAAUAUUGGACCACCAUGUGACUUAAUUGAUCCAGUAGUUUCCGAGAAACUAGGCUGUGACAGACAGACAGACGCACGAGUGAUCCGUUUUUUCCUUUUGAGGUACGGAACCCUAAAAAUCAAAUUAAAGAAUAAUCAAUAUGGUAAGUAAUCCCAAAACGAUUGUUCACUGUUCAAAUAACAAUCUUAAGCAAGUUUUUGUAAACUUAAUUCCUUUAAAAUGUAUUGAAGACAGAUGCAUUCAAAAGAGAAAUAGUUAUUUGUUUUACAAGGGAGCAAAGUUGUUGUUUAACCGCUCGUGCUAAUAUUGAUACCAGAGCAAGCGAAAGAUUCCAACAUUGAACCACGAGCGUAGCGAGUUUAUUUAAUUGUAAUUGAAUAAUUUGAUAUGGGUUGUCCCUUAUGUCA